AUGGCAAACGGUGCACAGGGGGGCCUUGAUCGUCCUCACCAUCACUUGGGUGAUUCGUGCUCAACAUCGAUAACUGCGCCGUGUGAGGAGAAAUGGCCCUCUGAAAGGGAAUCCGAGGACCAAGGAGCCGACAAAAAUGAAGAGAUUCUUGACUUGGCGCGUCGACUCACAACCCAAUCGCAUGCAGCCCCGGGUACCUUGUUCCCACUGCCAUCAGAUGGGCCGCUCAACCCACAUAGCCCGGAUUUCAACGCCAGAAAAUGGGCCAAAGCAUUUUACGACAUUCGAACUGACACAUCUGAAGGGAACCCGCCUCGAACAACGGGCGUGGCGUUCAAGAACCUCAACGUGUACGGAUUCGGCACCGACACUGACUUCCAAAAGAGUGUUGGCAACAUCUUCCUCGAAGCUGGAACUAUGAUCAGUAAAUUGCUGCACGACUCACAAAAGCGAGUGGACAUACUGCGAGACAUCGAAGGCGUCCUCCACAGCGGAGAGAUGCUGGCUGUUCUUGGACCUCCUGGCUCAGGCUGUUCGACGUUCCUGAAGACAAUUGCUGGUGACACCCACGGAUUCCACAUUGACGAAGGGGCUGAGCUCAACUAUUCUGGAAUCCACCCCAAGGAGAUUCGGACAGCUUUCCGGGGAGAGGCGAUCUACGCUGCCGAGGUUGAUCAGCAUUUCGCUCAUCUAACUGUGGGAGAUACACUCUAUUUCGCCGCGCGUGCUAGAUGCCCCAGGAACAUCCCUGCAGGUAUCACACCUAAAGAAUACGCAGAGCACCUGCGCGAUGUUACAAUGGCGAUGUUUGGCAUCUCACAUACCAGAAACACCCGCGUGGGAGACGAUUUCGUAAGAGGGGUUUCUGGUGGUGAACGCAAACGUGUGACAAUUGCCGAGGCUGCAUUGAGCUACUCGCCGCUGCAAUGUUGGGAUAACAGUACCAGAGGACUGGAUAGCGCGAAUGCUCUCGAGUUCUGCCGGACUCUAAGAACGCAGGCCGACGUGAUCGGUUGCACUUCUGCGGUUGCUAUUUACCAAGCAUCCCAGGAUGCCUACGACGUCUUCGACAAGGUACUUGUGCUUUAUCAGGGUCGGCAGAUAUUUUUCGGCAAGACAGGCGAGGCCAAGGCCUACUUUGAGAGGCUCGGUUUUGUUUGCCCUGAACAGCAAACCACAGCCGAUUUCCUCACGUCAAUGACUAACCACCAAGAGCGCAUCAUCCGACCAGGCUGGGAAAACAAGACCCCGCGAUCUCCCGAUGAGUUUGCGCAGGCUUGGAAGAAGAGUGCUCACCGACAACGUCUCUUGGUCGAGAUGGACGACUACCUCGAGCGCCACCCGUUUGGCGGUGACAACUACCAGAACUUCGUCAAGUCUCGCAAGAUGGACCAGUCAAAGUCUCAGCGCGCCAAAUCUCCAUUCACUUUAUCAUAUCUGGAGCAGAUGAGCCUUACGCUGGGAAGAAGCUGGUCAAUGCUUAAGGCGGACCCGAGCGUUACUAUCACCAUGCUCUGCUGCAACCUCACGGAGUCACUGGUGGUUGCGAGUAUCUUUUACAACCUACCGGAGAACACCGGCGCCUUCUUCAAACGAGGAUUCUUGAUCUUGUUCAUCAUGUUGAUGAAUGUUUUCAACAACGUCCUGGAAAUUCUGACCCUCUACGCCAAGAGAAAUAUUGUCGAGAAACAUGGGCGGUAUGCUCUUUACCAUCCAAGCGCAGAAGCACUAUCUUCUAUGAUCGUCGACCUUCCAUACAAGGUGUUCAACGCGAUAAUGAUGAACACGAUCCUUUACUUUAUGGGAAAUUUGCGAAGAGAGGCGGGGGCUUUCUUCUUUUUCUUUCUCGUGUCGUUUGCGAUAACAAUGAGCAUGUCGAUGACUUUUCGUCUUAUCGCAUCGCUGACAAGAACCAUUGCUCAAGCUCUUGCUCGUGCCUCAAUCCUUCUUCUGGCUAUAACCCUCUACGCUGGUUUCGCGAUACCGCCGCAGUACAUGCCCGUAUGGAUUGGAUGGAUCCGGUGGAUCAACCCGGCGUAUUACGCCCAGGAAACCCUCAUGAUCAAUGAAUUCUCUGGCCAGAGAUUCCCCUGUUCGGAAUUUGUACCCCAAGGUCCUGACUACGAGUCCGUCACAGGACUUGCGAGAGCAUGCGCAAUUCAAGGUUCGGUCCCCGGAGAGGACUUUGUGAGUGGGUCAGCAUACAUCAAGUCCGCAUAUGGAUAUGACGACUCACAUAAGUGGCGGAACUUCGGAGUGAUUGUUGCCUUUACGCUGCUUUUUAUGGGAUUGCAUUUGGUUGCUACCGAGUACAUUACUUCUGAACGGUCGAAAGGAGAGGUGUUGGUCUUUGCUCGCAACGCCCUAAAGAAGCAUUCUCAAAAGCCUAACAACGACGAAGAGUCCGGAGAGGCCAACACCACACAGAAAGAUGGCAGAGACGACUCUGGUGAGUUUUCAGACGUUGAAAAGCAAACUUCAGUAUUCCAUUGGAGAGACGUAUGCUAUGAUGUCAAAAUCAAGGGCGAGGAUCGCAGGAUUCUUGAUCACGUUGACGGCUGGGUGAAGCCAGGAACGCUAACUGCUUUAAUGGGUGCAUCGGGAGCUGGGAAAACCACAUUAUUGGAUGUUCUCGCUAGCCGAGUUACGAUGGGUGUUGUCACCGGAGACAUGUUAGUUGACGGACGACUGCGCGAUGACUCCUUCCAACGGAAAACUGGCUAUGUUCAGCAACAAGAUCUCCAUGUUCAUACUUCAACCGUCCGCGAGGCCCUCAACUUCAGCGCUCUUCUUCGUCAGCCUUCCCGCUAUUCCCGAGAGGAAAAGCUCGCGUAUGUCGACACCGUCAUCAACCUUUUGGACAUGGAAGAGUAUUCAGAUGCGAUUAUUGGAGUGCCGGGCGAGGGUCUCAAUGUGGAACAAAGAAAGAGGUUGACGAUUGGCGUUGAGCUUGCUGCCAGACCGCAACUUCUACUGUUCCUGGAUGAACCGACCUCUGGCCUCGAUAGCCAGACGUCUUGGUCCAUCUGCAAUCUGAUGGAGAAAUUGACCAAGAACGGACAAGCUAUUCUCUGCACGAUUCACCAGCCUUCUGCGAUGCUGUUCCAACGAUUUGACCGGCUUCUGCUGCUUUCACGAGGCAGGACCAUUUAUUUCGGAGAUGUCGGCAAGAACUCCAGCAUCUUGGUCGACUACUUCGUCCGCAAUGGCGCUCCUGAAUGCCCACCUGGUUCAAAUCCGGCUGAGUAUAUGCUGGAUGUUAUUGGCGCGGCACCUGGCUCUCACACGGAUGUUGACUGGCCUGAGGUCUGGAAGGUGUCUCCUGAGCGUGGCCAAGUCCAGGCCGAGCUCGCGGGGUUGGUUUCAGACGGUAGUUCGCAGCUCAAGCAGGUUGGGGAUCAGGUUCCAACGACCCAUAGCGAGUUUGCCGCAUCUCACAGAGAGCAGUAUGUUGAGGUCACGAGGCGGCUCUUCCACCAAUACUGGCGCAGCCCAUCAUAUAUCUAUUCCAAGGUGACCCUGUCGGGUGGAGCUUCAUUGUUCAUUGGCCUUUCGUUCCUCAAUGGAAAGAACACGGAGCGUGGCCUCCAGAACCAAAUGUUUGGCGUCAUGAUGUUUCUCACCAUCUUUACGCAAGUCAUAAAUCAGAUGCUACCUGCCUUUGUGGCCCAGCGUACCAUGUACGAAGCUCGCGAGAGGCCUUCGAGGACUUACUCCUGGAAGGCAUUCAUGGUUUCGAGCAUGCUUGUGGAAGCGGCGUGGAACUCACUUAUGGCUGUGCUUUGCUUUGUUUGCUGGUACUUCCCUACCGGUCUCUAUCGCAAUGCCUACCCGACCGACUCAGUUGACUCACGGGGAGUCACUGUGCUACUUUUCAUUUGGCUCUUCCUCAUGUUCACGAGCACGUUUGCGAACAUGAUAAUUGCGGGAUUCGAUAGUGAUGAAGUGGCCGGAGGUCUUGUGACUCUUAUCAUGGUCAUGAUUUUCUCAUUUUGCGGCAUUCUCUCACCACCCCAGGACCUUCCGGGUUUCUGGAUGUUUAUGUACAGGGUUAACCCCUUCACCUACGUAGUGGAAGGUCUCCUGAGCACGUCAAUGGCAAACGCCCAAGCCUCUUGCGAAUCGAAUGAGUUCAUCAAGUUCACCGCCCCCAACAACACGACGUGUGGUGCUUAUUUGAAGUCGUACAUCGACACAGCGGGUGGCUACGUGAACAACCCAGCCGAUGGGAACGGUGCUGAAUGCCAGUAUUGCACAAUUUCUGACACGAAUACUUUCUUGUCUAGUCUGGGAGUCAGUUUUGAUAACCGUUGGAGGGACUUUGGAUUCAUGUGGGUGUACAUUCUGUUUAACAUUGCUGCGGCGUUGGGAAUUUACUGGUUGGCGCGAGUACCCAAGACAAGAAAGACGAAGAAGGAGUAAAUUGGAUAAUAUUUAAUAGGCCAGGUAUUUAACGCAGAAGCAGA